AUGGUUUACACACCAAAUGGGUUAUUUUUUAGCCAAACUAAAUAUGAUCAUGAUAUUGUGGAUCGUGUCGGCCUUCUCGAUUGUAAACCCACUCAUACUCCGUUAUCCCCUAAUGCUUCGUUUGUCAAAGAUGGGGUUCCUUAUAAGGAUCCAUCUGUGUAUCGAUCCCUAGUUGGUGCUCUACAGUACCUUACCAUCACCGGACCACACAUCUCAUAUGCAGUAAAUCAAGUGAGUAAGUUCUUACAACAUCCUACCAUUGAGCACUUCACUAAUGUUAAACGCAUAAUUCGAUAUGUCAAAGAGAUAGUCACCUUUGGACUUAUGUUCUCUUGUCCCACUCAAAUCAGUAUUGCUGGUUACUCUGAUGCUUACUGGGCCAGAUGCCUAAACACGAGACGCUCCACCUUUGGUUACUCUAUUUUCCUAGGAGAGAAUCUUGUCUCUUGGAGUGCUAAAAGCAAUCCAUAG